AUGGUUGGAACCCGACGCAGUGCAGACGUUCGACGCACGGCGGAGGGACUUCGUCUACGACCUGAUGGACAAGACAGUGAAUCUUCCUCUGAUGAGAACUCUGGGGAAGAAGAACCGGAAGCCGAAGCUGAAGAGGAGAACUACGCUGAGAUCCCAGUAGCCAAUGAUCGCGCAAUUGGAGGAGGCGACCAAGAUGGUCCUGCUCCAGGAGGAGGAGAAAAUGGUGGACCUGGAAGUUUGACUCCUGGACAAGCAACAAGGGGAACGCUCCAGUACGCUGGAAACAAGCAACACUAUUACCUUUUUCGCAGCGCAACAAGGAGGUUGGACGAGGAGACUCUUUUCGAUUGUACCUCCGAUAACUUUUACCAGUUCAUGAAGAACCUUGGUGAAAGAGCCGAUGAAUUUGGAUGGUCGACUCGUGGAGGCAUCCUACAUGUUCCAAAAGCUGAUGGAACCAUGGUCAACCUUUUGACUGAAUAUGGAUCUAUUACCCUUGAAGAGAUUGAAAUUCAUGAACGCAGCUACUGGAACAAUGGAUACAGGAAGUCCCAAGACGACCGGAUGCUCUACGAAUGCAUCAUGAAAUCACUUUCUACUCUUGGAAAAGCGAAGGUCAACAUUCACAGUUCUGACUACAAGCUCAUGUCUGGACAAUACAAUCGCUAUCCAUCUGGGCUCUGCUUGCUGAAGGUGGUAGUUCGGGAGUCCUAUUUGGAUUCAAAUGCAACGACUGGUAUGCUACGUCAACGACUUGCCACUCUGGAUCUCUACCUGCCAACGGUCAACAACGAUAUCAUCAAGUUCAACAUGCACGUUAAGAUGCUACUCGAAGGAUUGCAGGCGCGUGGAGAGCAAACAUUGGAUCUGUUGACGAACCUCUUUCGAGGAUAUAUGGUGUGCAGUGACAAGGAAUUUGUCAAGUACAUUACCGAUCUAGAGACGGACCAUGACAUGGAGAACCGACCAAUCACUGCAGCAAAGCUUAUGAAACUGGCGGAGAAGAAGUACAAGAUCAUGGUAUCGCUAGAAAAGUGGGAAGCUCCUACGCAAGUUGAUGAGCAAAUCAUGGCAUUGCAGGCCAAGAUUUCUGAUAUGAAGCAGAAGCUUGAAACCAAGAAGAAAAGAAAGAAAGACGACGAUGACAGGAAGCCAGCUCCAAGAAAGAAGAAUCAGAAACAGGAAAGGCCGGAUUGGUUCAACCAUGCACCACCACACGAUAAAAUCAAUGAAACCAAGCAUUGGAAUAAGAUUGAUUGGCAUUGGUGCUGUGAAGCGACUGGUGGACACUGUGGAGGAGUUUGGCGAGCUCACAAGCCAAAGGACUGCAAACCGUUCAAAAAGAAGAACAAGUUCGAUCCAAAGAAGAGAUCUUCUGGAGGAGCAGCCCCGAAGAUUGAGUUGAAGACAGCUGUUGACGAAGAAUACUUGGCUGGUUUGACUGGAGGCUACGAAUCGGAUGUCUACAGCACUAGCGAAUGA